AUGGUCGCCUACCGCAUCAUCCCCGGCCUCACGGAGCCGCAGCGCACCAUUCUUCCCAUCCCCACACCGGGUCCUGACGAGGUAUUGGUGAAGGUCCUCGCCUCUGGUGUGUGCCACUCCGACGUCCACCUCCUCGACUGGUCCGCCACCCGCCCCUUCUCCCAAGCCACACACACCCUCGGGCACGAGGGUGCAGGCAUUGUCGUCCGUGUCGGAGAACGCGUCGCCCAAGAGACCCAGACGCUCCAGGUCGGCACGUACGUCGCCGUGCUCACGACGAACGCGUGCGGGCAGCCCGAGUGCACCCGCUGCAGCCGUGGCUUUGCGAACGUGUGCUUCGCGCGCCCCAUGCUGGGGAUCGGCGCGGACGGGAGCUGGGCCGAGUACGUCGUCGCGCGUGCGAGCACCGUCGUCCCGGUUCCGGGAAACAACCCGAAGUCGGAGCGGCUCUCCCCUUCGGUCGUCGCGGCGGCGACAGACGCGGUCAUGACGCCUUGGCACGGGCUCAAGAGGGCAGCAGGCGUGCGGGAAGGGCAAACGGUCCUCAUCUUCGGGUGCGGUGGAUUAGGAAUCAACGCGAUCCAAAUUGCGAAGAACGUCUUGGGCGCAGGCGUAGUCAUCGCAUCUGACAUCCGGGAGGAGAGUCUCACCAUUGCUCGUUCUCUUGGGGCGGACUACGCCAUCCCGCCUGCCGCACUGAAAGGGCUGCUGGAGGAAAAGGGUCUCGAAGUUGAUGUGGCGGUGGACCUGGUGGGAAAGCAGGUGACCCUGGACUCGGCGGUGGAUGUGGUGCGGACGGGCGGGGUUAUCCUGCUCCUCGGACUUGGCGACGAUGCGGUGUCCGUGAACCCGCUCGCGGUGACUACGAAACAGCUCACCAUCUCAGGGAGCUUCGGCGGCGACUUUCACGACUUGGAGGAGUGCCUGCACGCGAUUGACGAGGGGAAGGUCGUUCCGGAGGUUGAGAACAGGCCUAUGGACGAAUGCGCUCAGGUGAUCAAGGAUCUGGCUGCAGGACGUAUCAGAACGAGGAUAGCUCUCGUCCCUCUGUAG